UUACACAGAGGGCAUUGUGCAUCAAUCCUUGUUGACCGCUGUCCGGCUUGUUUUGCAGGAGUAAUGUAUGGCCGACCACUAGAUCGAGGAGGUGACAUUCAUGUUGCUACAGAUGGUAACUUUCAUCACUGUCACUGGCGCUCAGCUGGUGACUGCCCUCAUUUCUAUGAACCAUCAUACUUUCUACCAAAGAUGUAUGUUGAUCAAGUAGGCUCUAGGAUAGAUAAGAAAAGGAAGCGCUCGGCUACAACACAGACUCCUAGCAUCAUACCUAAUGAGGCCAUUGACCAGUGUGAGAGUUCCUAUGAAGCUGCUGAUGGAAAAAAGCAGAAGGCUGCUAUGGACAGUUUCGAUGACACUGGUUUGAUGGCACUCAUUUGCCGCCACGAUAUCCCCCUAUUUUUCGCAAACAUCGAUACACCUGGUGAGCAGCAGAAGUAUGCUGUUGCUUUACUUGAACAUCUGUUCUCGCUUCUCCCUACCGACACCACAGUUAUUGCUUUGUAUGAUGUUGGCUGUGUACUAUCUCGCUCACUUUCACAGUAUGACAUUCUAGACACUUCUAUCACUUCACGACUACGCUUUGCAACAACUGCUAUGCAUGCCUAUGGACAUGAGUGGGGAUGCCAGCUUGUAUACAAUCCUCGUAUGUGCAGAGGACUUGGUUUAUCAGACAGAGAAGGCACUGAGUGUUACAGUAACAUGGCACGACGGCUUUGGUCGCGACUUGUGCGUCUGAUUGGUAUUCAGCAG